AAUGGGUGCGGGGCAUGGGCGGGGCGGCGGCGGCCUCGGCGGCGGCUGGGCGGCUGGGGCGGCUGAGGUGGCGAGGUGUCCGCUGAGGCUGAGGCGGCGGGCGCGGCCGUGAUGGCGAAGAGCCCUGGCGAGAACGGGCCGCGAUCGCCCGCGGCCGGGGGAAGCCUGUCGGGGACCCGCGAAAACCUGGCCCCGGGCCCCGAUGCGGCAGCCACCGACGAGCUCAGCUCUCUCGGCUCCGACUCGGAGGCCAACGGCUUCGCUGAGCGCCGCAUCGACAAGUUCGGCUUCAUCGUGGGCGCGCAGGGCGCCGAGGGCGCGCUGGAGGAGGUCCCUCUGGAGGUGCUGAGGCAGAGGGAGUCCAAGUGGCUGGACAUGCUCAACAACUGGGACAAGUGGAUGGCCAAGAAGCACAAAAAGAUCCGUCUGCGGUGCCAGAAGGGCAUCCCACCUUCUCUGCGGGGCCGUGCUUGGCAGUACCUGUCAGGGGGCAAGGUGAAGCUACAGCAGAACCCUGGAAAGUUUGACGAGCUGGAUAUGGCCCCGGGGGACUCCAAGUGGCUGGACGUGAUCGAGCGUGACCUGCACCGGCAGUUCCCUUUCCACGAGAUGUUUGUGUCCCGGGGCGGGCACGGCCAGCAGGACCUAUUCCGUGUGCUGAAGGCCUACACGCUGUACCGACCUGAGGAGGGCUACUGCCAGGCCCAGGCCCCCAUCGCCGCUGUUCUGCUCAUGCAUAUGCCUGCUGAGCAAGCAUUCUGGUGCCUGGUGCAGAUCUGUGAGAAGUACCUGCCCGGCUACUACAGCGAGAAACUGGAGGCAAUCCAGCUGGAUGGGGAGAUCCUCUUCUCUCUGCUGCAGAAGGUGUCACCUGUGGCCCACAAGCACCUCAGCCGGCAGAAGAUCGACCCACUGCUCUACAUGACAGAGUGGUUCAUGUGUGCCUUCGCCCGCACCCUGCCCUGGAGCUCUGUGCUGCGUGUCUGGGACAUGUUUUUCUGCGAAGGAGUCAAGAUCAUCUUCCGGGUGGGCCUGGUGCUGCUGAAGCAUGCGCUGGGAUCCCCGGAGAAGCUCAAGGCCUGCCAGGGCCAGUACGAGACUAUCGAGCGGCUGCGCAGCCUCAGCCCCAAGAUCAUGCAGGAGGCCUUUCUGGUCCAGGAGGUGAUCGAGUUGCCAGUGACAGAGCGCCAGAUUGAGCGUGAGCACCUCAUCCAACUACGGCGCUGGCAGGAGACCCGCGGUGAACUGCAGUGCUGCUCGCCACCCAGGCUGCAUGGUGCCAAGGCCAUCCUGGAGGCAGAACCAGGCCCCCGGCCCACCCUGCAACCAUCACCGUCCAUCCGUCUGCCCCCAGAUGCCCCGCUCCCUGGCUCCAAAAGCAAGUCCAAGCCACCCAAGCAGAUUCCGAAGGAGCCGCAGAAGCAGGAGAAGGCGAGUGGGCAGCUGGACAAGACCCCAACGCCAGGUCAAGCCAAGAUGGCGAUCGCUGGCGGAGAUGCAUGUCCUCCACAGGAUGUGCCCCCGAAGGACCCAGUCCCCCAGGACCCAUCCCCUCAGGACUCAGCUCCCCAGGUUUCAGCCCACCACUGCUCCCAGGAGAGCCUGGGGUCCCAGGAGAGUGAGGACACCUACUUGUAACCCUGGCAUCUCAGGCCUCCAGGGCGGGGUCUCCACACACCUACAUGGUUCACGGACUGACACACACACUCCAGGGCCUGCCCACCCUCUGAGGGUCUGGCUGCCUGGCUACUGUGUGCAGAGAGUCUGGCUGGCCCAGUACAGGUUCUGCCCAAGCCUCCUUAUUUAUUUUCUCCAGAGUGGAGCUCGGGCCGAUCCAGCUGGGGCAGGCAGAAGUGAGGGCCUCACUCAGGCCUCUCCUUCUGGGGGGAUGCUCCCCAGGGCUAGGGCACUGAUGAGGGGAGAGAGUGGGGUGCAGGGUGGGGUACUCUUUGUGUAAAAUAGAAACAUGGUUUUGUACAGAAAUAAACAGGUUUGUAUAGAGA